AUCAUGUAAAAGUGAAUGAGAGUUUUGGCUUGUUGAAUCCUGAUUAUUAUCGGGUGGGUGAUGGCGAAUAACUUAAUGGAUAACACUGGAAACACUGCGACAAAAAAUGCUUGUGAGCGGUGUAUCUAAUCACUCGCCUUCCUCUUCGGCUAUUGUUGUCGAUUGUGGGUGGAGCUCGCGGGGAGCACGGGACAGGCUGGCUGUCACGCGGGCAGUUCCCCUGCGCUCGCUCCCACGUUUGGUUGUCAUUCAACGCCGGUGAACACUGCCGAGGCUCAGUCUGUCACGACAGAUGCGUCAUUUCUGCCUGUUGUUGGGUUGAAGAUAACAGGAAUGAAUCAAUGUAAAGAGCAGGAGGAGGUGACCGAGGUGGUAUGUCAAGAGGCUGACCUGAAAGAUGGACAGAUGAAGGAAGUGACUGUGGGGGGUCAGAAGGUGUUGCUUGUCUGUACCCGGGGUCAGUACAGUGCUGUCGGAAGCCAGUGCUCUCAUUACAGUGCACCUCUUGUCAAAGGAGCGCUGGUUGGUGACAGAGUGAGAUGUCCCUUUCACGGUGCUUGCUUUAAUGUCAGAACUGGAGAUAUUGAAGAGUAUCCAGGUCUGGACUCUCUGCCAUGUUACAAGGUAAAAGUUGAGGAUGGCAAGGUGUAUGUUACCAUCAACAAAAACUCUCUGAAGCUGACCAAGCGGGUGAAGGAGAUGUGCAGCGUGGUACCAGACAUCCAACAUACGAUCCUGCUCAUCGGAGGAGGACCUGCCGCACUGGUUUGUGCUGAAACGCUGCGGCAGAACUGCUACCAGGGCCGAAUCAUCAUGGCAACCAAAGACAACCUGCCUCCGUUUGACAGGACCAAACUGAGUAAGGUUAUGAAUCUGGACAGCAGCAGCGUCCUCCUGCGCUCAGACGAAUUCUAUCAACAGUAUGGGAUUGAGGUGUGGACACGAAAGGAGGCGGUGUCUCUAAACACCACUGAUAAGGCUGUGACGUUCAACGAUGGCACUUUGCAGCGUUACGACCAGCUUCUCGUCUCGACUGGCUGCAGGGCUCGGCCGCUCAGUUGUCCUGGCUGGGACCUGAAUGGGGUUAAGUUACUGGAGAGCUAUGACGAUGCUAAAGAGAUUCACAACGCCUGCGUGGGCCACAAAGCUGUUAUAAUCGGAGCCUCCUUUAUAGGUAUGGAGGUGGCUUCCUACCUGUCAGACAAAGCCGCCAGCUUGGCCGUUGUUGGCACCAGCAGAUACCCGUAUGAGAGGUCUCUGGGGCCGGAGAUCGGCAAAAUGUGCAUGCAGAUGCUGGAGGAAAAGAACGUAAAGUUCCACAUGAACGAUGGCGUCACGGAGAUCAGAGGAGAGAACGGCAAGGUGAAGGGGGUCGUGCUGAAGAGCGGCGCCGUCUUGGAAGCUGAUGUGGUGAUUGCUGGAAUUGGUGUCAUCCCAAAUUCAGACUUCUUGGCAGGGAGCGAGUUGGAGUUGGAUUCAAGGAAAGCUGUGAUUGUUGACAAGUUUAUGAGGACCAAUAUACCAUAUAUUUUUAGCGCUGGCGACGUUACCUCUUUUCCUCUAACCAUUCGUGGUGAUGAAAGGGUCAACAUUGGCCACUGGCAAAUGUCACAAGCUCAAGGAAGAGUAGCUGCGUUAAACAUGCUGAACAAAGCAACCCAAAUUGAGUCUGUUCCUUUCUUCUGGACUGUGUUGCUUGGGAAGAGUAUCAGAUACACAGGCUACGGGGAAGGAUACACAGAAAUCAUAAUCAAGGGCAAAGUGGAAGAAAGGAAAUUCCUGGCGUUUUACAUAAAAGAGGAGGUGGUGGUGGCUGCUGCCAGCCUAAUGUUCGACCCCGCCGUGGCUCGUCUUGCAGAAUGGAUGGCUGCCGGCCAGAUUUUAACAAAGGCUCAGGCUCAAGCUGAUGACCUGAGCUGGCUGCAGAUGUAACCAAAGGCCUGCCGUAUCCAGGGGUAACGCCUCUCAGUGACGAAGGAUGUUGCCUUUUCCUUUAUUUUUCCUGUCUCUAUCAGAUACUGCCAAACUGGAUUGAUCCAUUUUCUGCCUCAGGGCCUUUGAAAGCCAAUCAGACCUCUGCGCUCACUCACAGCUGUUGCCAUAGCAGUGAGCAAAGCUUUAUUGAAUUUGCACUUUGUGCACUCAGUGAACUGAUCUCCAUGUGAUGACCACGGUCAAGAUACGACGGCAGUUUUACAACAUGAGUGCAUCCAAACACUUUUGUGAACGUGAAAUUCUAAGAUUUAUUCAACAUUCACUUCAGUAGUUUCUUGUAAUACUGUCAUUACCACUUUAUCCACUUAUGACAUGUUGAAAACACCCAUCACUCCACUUAUCUUAGUUACAGUAUCUUUAAUGAGUAACUUUUGUAAAACUUAAACUGCGAAGGUCACUUAAAAUAUUACACUGCAUAAAUAGGGCGAUGAAUGUUUUGCUAAGUUAAGCUAAGUUUUAUUUUCAUUAGCUUUUAUUGUUGAUAUGUUGCUUUCAUGUUCACACGUUUACAGCAGAGAUGUUUCUGAUUGUUUUCUUUCAUCUUUAACUGAUGUACAACUCUUUUUACUGCCUGAUUGUGAAAUGGAAAUCCACAUGAAGAGAAAGCUGGUGGGAAAUCUUUCCUAUUCCUAUUUCCUAUUCCAAUAUAGUUAAAUCUUUCUCAUCAAACAUA